AUGGAUGGUCGGGCUCCAAAAGCAAUCGUAACAGACCAAGACCGAGCAAUAAAGGCUGCUAUUGGGUUGGUAUUCCCAGAUUCUCACCAUAGAUAUUGUCUAUGGCAUAUAAUGAGAAAACUGCCAGAGAAAUUGGGAUCUCAUGCUGCCUUCAACGCAGGGUUAAAGACUGCCAUUCAGAGUGCCCUAUAUGAUUCACAGACAUGUGAUGAGUUUGAGGAGAAGUGGGGGCAACUUAUUCAGAAGUAUGAGCUAGGUGAAAAUGCAUGGCUGCAAGGGUUGUACAAUGAGAGGUCAUUCUGGGUACCAGUUUACCUUAAGCGAUUUUUUUGGGCUGGCAUAAGCACAACACAACAUUUUGAAAGCAUGAAUGUUUUCUUCGAUGGGUUUGUGUAUUCUGGUAUGACAUUGAAAGAAUUCGUCGAUCAAUUUGACAAUACACUUGGGAAGAAGGUGGAGGUCGAGACAACAACUAAUUUCAAUUCCUCCAACCAAACCAUGUCAUGUUCAUCCGCGUUCCGCAUUGAAAAGCAAUUUCAAACGAGUAAGGAGGGUUGCAUUUCCACCUACGAUGUUUUGGAUGAAAUAACGACAGAUGAUGACCAUGUCAAGAGCAUAAAGUACACAGUUUACUUUAACGAUGAGGAGAAUGAUGUGAAAUGCACAUGUGCAUUGUUUGAGAUGAGAGGGAUUGUCUAUAGGCAUGCAUUGAACAUUUGUCAGAUGAAUAAGAUUCAUGCGCUACCAGAGAAGUACUUCUUGGAACGAUGGAGGAAGGACUUAAAGAGGAGAUACAUAGUGACACGCAGAAAAAUAUUUGAUGAUACGAACGAAGAUUUUGAGGUGUCAGAAGCUCCAGAAAGUGUUCAGGAGCAUAUAUCCAGUGCAGUCAAUGAUGAUUUUGUGGUUCUAACACAAUGCAGUACUGUCACACAACUAACGCCAUCGGGCAAUGAGUAG